AUUAUUCACGAUAUACGUUAAUUUAUUCUUUUUACUCUUCGUUUUUAGCCAGUUUGGCAGUGGACGAACCACGUAGUGUAUUAGUUUUUAGUAAAAAUAGGUUUUAGUUAAAAAUGUGGGUGGGAUAUUUAUUUUUAUUAUUGGGAUGCAUCCUCCACAGCCACCCAGCGUCAGCGGUCUGGUCAUGCACUGCAGACAGCGACUGUUCUGACACAGAAGGGUCUGUUUGUUCUGACGGGAGCUGUGUCUGUCCUACUGGGCAGCAGUUGGUGCUGAGCGGUACUAAGUGUGCUGAGGCUGCCCCAUACUACACGUCAUCAUGCUUCGAAGACUUUCAAUGCUCGAACCUGUUCACCAACUUCCACUGUCGGAAACCGGUGGUUGAAACUGAUGAGGAAUCUACUGAGGACUCUCAAGAAGAAGAGUCAGAAAUCACCAGAGAUGCAUCAGUUCUAGAAGGCAAUUGUUUCUGCCAAACUGGGUUCCACUACUUCCUCGGUCGUUGCUGGAGAUCUGUGGACUUCGGAGGCAGUUGUACAAGAGAUGAAGACUGCCUUGGAACCUUGAGGGACCCUUACAACAUGGCCUGUAGAGAAAAUACCUGUGCCUGCGCCGUUGGGUAUUACGAAAGGCAGAGAGGAGAAUGUAGAAGAAUCGGCGCUGCUGUUGGAGAUGGUUGUGUAAUAGAUGAAGAUUGUCGCUUCAACAAUGGCGUCUGCAAUCAGAACACAUUCCAAUGCAUUGUGGAGACAAGCCCCGACGUCCUCGCAGACAUAGUACCCCGCAACAUAACAACUAGAUCCGGCAUCAGAUCGCAUGGUACUAUCUGUGGAGCCACCAGCCCUUGUCCGUCGCCCUUCCAGUGUUCCUCACUAGGCAUCUGUGUAUGUCCUAGCGGGUAUUACGCUAGUUCCGAUGGCAGUGUGUGUUUGGCUGAACUUGGUUCACCAGCAACGGACGCUACCUGCGUUGGUUUCCUAGCAGAAGUCAUCAACGGCAUAUGUACCUGCCCCGCCAAUGUGUACUUCAGUGAGAAUAUGAGGGAUUGUGUGAAAGCUACCCGCCGCCUCACAGACGCGUGUGUAACCGACGAGAUGUGUCACACCUUCGGAGCGGCAUCCCGCUGUGGACCCCCACAAGACCCCUGGGGUUUCAGGACCUGCGAGUGUAUCACUGAGCAUGCUGUCUGGGAUGAGUCGAGAUCUAUGUGCCGGCUGUUCGCUGGUGUCGGAGAAUUUUGCGAAAUAAACAGUGAUUGUCUAGCUGGCGUGUUGGAGAUCGAGUGUGUACCGAAUGAAGAGGGCCAGGGAGUGUGCACCUGCCCUGAAGGACUCACCAAUAUUGACGGCUUGUGUCUUACUAGUGGGCUUGAACUGGACCAGGAAUGCCAAGCUACUCAGGAGUGCACGGGAACUCCUAACACCAUAUGUUCAGGAGGAAAGUGCUCCUGUGAUGCUGGGUAUCAAGCUCUUGAUGGCGUCUGUGCUCCUACCAUCGGAGGAACCUGCGCCAGAGACUCAGACUGUACCAUAGAGCACACAGUGUGUUACACCGACUCCUGGACAUGUCAAUGUGGACUCAACUUCUUACAGUACAAUGAUGAGUGUUGGCCUGUGCUCCAAGGAACGUCAUCCAGUUGUUCAGUAUCAGCCCAGUGCACCGCUCUGCUGGGUAACUCCAGCAGUUGUGUGGAAGAGACCUGUCAAUGUGACAGCGGAUACCACUUGAGAGACGGACGGUGCUGGCCUCAGACUGGACUUUUCAGCAGCUGUUCUCGCAGCAGCGAGUGCUACUUGAACGAUAUGUCAGAUCGGGUGCAGUGCAGAAACAGCAUCUGUCAGUGUUCAUUUGACUAUCCUUACUCUGAGGAGUUGCAUACUUGCUUGACGGCUUCAGCAUCAGUGAACACCAGUAGUUUCUUCGUACUGCUAAUAGCCCUAAGUUAUAUUAUGUUAAAUUAAUGUAUAUAAAGCAUUAUAAUUAAGAUUAGUUUCAUUAAUUUUAAAUUGUAAAUAUACUCAAUAUUAUUUUAUUUAUAAA